UAGUGUGGUUGCAUCUGAGAAAGUAAGUGAUGCUCAGACGCGAUCCGCGUGAAAAAUGUCUCGUGUCAUGCAAUCGUGGGAGACAGAAGGUUUAAUCCUGAUCUGGAAUUAGAUAUUAUGGACGCUAAUGACUUCAGACCGCUGUAAAAGUUGGGUUUGAAGUGCAAAUACUAGUCAGAGGUGUGGAUUGUGUCUCCUGGAAUCACCUCGGAAGAAACAUGAGUUUCUCUCAAUGGAGGGUCUAAUGAUGGAGGGACGAGGGCAGGUCGCCAUCUGCGUGCUGUUGGCCGGGUUUAUGAUGAUGUUCGUCUCCAUGGUGAUCGCUGAUUCACCUGCUGCAGAAUGGCCUUUGGAGGCUCCAAGCAUGCCAAAGGAGUCUUCAGUGGAAGUGCUGCAUAAUGCACCCUCUGCCUUGUCUGGAUCCAUCACCUUGUCUGGAUUUUCUCUUUCACCUAGUUCAGUUCCACCCAAUGUCAUAGAGAAUUACAAUUACAAUCACAAUGUUAACACUGUGUUUGGAUCAGUAUUUCCUAACUCCCUGAACUCUGCCCCUAGCCCAGAGCCUCUUAGUACACCCCCUUUACAUUCUUUAGAGUCUGAAGAGGGACAUGGAUCUACCCCCAAAGUUUUCUCCAGACAGCGUCGAGAACUCAAGUCUCCAGUGCCUACGUCCCAUAGUGCACCCUCAUCUUGGGAAGCUAUCAGUCUUGCUCCCCACUUCUCACAGGCUACAGACAAUUCAUCUCUGCUGUCUUCUUUGCCUUCUAAUGGACUUGAUUCUCCUUGGAGAACUCCAAUGGAACCUCCUGUCCCUUCCCCUGAUAUCCAAUAUAAGAUGGUGCAAAUCAAUGACACUGAAGUUCCUGUUGGAAACCGAGUGGAACCAUCCAGCAGAAUCCAAGACCUUCAAUUACAACCCAGCUAUAACCCGUAUGUCCAACAUGAUGCAGGCUAUCAGCAGUUAGAGCUAAGCCAUGCUGUUUUUGUACACUAUCAAAUGACGUCGUCCUCCGUUGAGCCAACUAUGGGUCCACCUGAAGACUUUUUCCCAACUAACACCAUGGAUGUGGACUAUGGUUCUGGAGAUUACUUGGAAACAAUGUCCUUCAUGGGAUCUGAAGGAGAUGACUACUCCAUGACUACCAAUGUACUCUCUGAUGUGUACAAUUUUGAGGACACAAACUUCGAGACCUAUGACACCACGUUCCCUUCAAGAGUUGUGAUGUCAUUUUCCAGCAAACACAUAUAUCCCUUCUUUACUAGUGUUACUAGUUCUUUCUCCAGUAUACAUGUUGAAAGUACUCCUAGUCAAACCUCCAGUUUGACGAGCAAUUCAGCCUCAAUUGUACCCACCUCUGAUUGGGCAACAUCUUUGAAUUUGACAACCACUGUGCCCCUUACCUUGUUUACAACUCCAGUUUUUACCAGUAAACCAAACAUUUUGACCACUGAGCUUGUCCACAUUUCCCCAUCCCUUCCAAUCAUCCAACCAACCGGAGUACAUUCAUUACCAAUUCUCCAAACAACUUCAGAUAUUUUAAACCAGAAUCAGUCAGUCAGUGAGAGCUCAGAGUUGGUCCCUGACUGGACAGGCACUAUUACCAUCCAACCCACAGAUGUUCUUUUACCAGACAUGAACAGUUUGGAGUAUUACACCAUUCAACUGACCAAGGACAAUGGUAGCUCGCCAGAUCACACUGCCAAUCAAACAACCUCUAGUCUUUUCUCCAUCAUUCCAAUCAGCACCACACAUAUUGUAUCCACAAGAACAUACUCCGUUGACCCAAGUUACAUACUUACAGCUAUGUUUGAUGAUGAGCUACAGCCUGCAGAUAAUAGUUCGUGGACUGAGGAAUCCUCAACAGAUAUCUCUGGAUUUGAGCCUUUUAACACCACUAUCCUGGACCUCUCAGAAAUUAGACCAAGUCUUACAAAUACUACAGUGCCAUAUUUGGAACCAUCAUUCACACCGACACCCUCAAUGGACCCUUCAGCUUCAUUGGGGGAUCAGAACUCAACCACUGAUUGGUCCAUCACACCUUCUGGAGCUUACAACACAUCCAUUCUGGUGACUUAUCCUCCUUUUACCGAGGAACCAGAUGUUCACCUGUCAUCUACCAUUAACGACAGCCAAUGGGUUAUCAUCUCAGUUCCAACCCCCUCUGAGACCCUCUUUCCUAGUACUGUACUUACCAGUAAUGUAGUCACCACCUCUAUCAGUGUUUCUGCAUACCCAACUGACUCGACCUUUAAUGUCACCUCCACCCCUCCUCCGACAGACAUGGUUGACGAGGAGUUCAUGUCCGAAACUCCAUCUGACACCCCUAUCGCCAUGGUUACUGAUAGUGAUAACACCUCACCAAUUAGUAGCUUUACAACCACAUCCCCCACAGUAUUACAUAAUGACACAGCUGUGACAUCAUUUUCUAUAACAAACUCCAACAACAUAACAGUGACUACCCUGGAAGACUCAUUAGUUACAACCCUAAGCACAACCCCUCCUACAACCACUGCCCGGAAGUAUCUCUGCAACAUUACCAAGCCUGACUCCUACUUAAUCAGAGUUGGGUUUCCUCCUGGGUCUACUGCUGGAUAUGCCAAAGCCAAAGUCAGAGAGAUUCUCAAAACAGAGUACAAUCGCUCUGUGGAGAUACAGGUUGUGAAAGCCCCUCCAGACUUUGUGUUUCGUGCUGUGUCUGGUGCUGUGGUUUACACUGCCAUAUCAGUCAUUAAUUCUCUGAGACUCUCUGCUUGGACCACAAGUUCCUUUAUCAGUGUGUCACCCAUCAGCCCUGAACCAAGCCUACAAUAUCACAUACAUUCAGUGCUUCAGUUUGUACCCAGCCAUAUAGAUGUGCGAAUGUGCACCUUCAGUGAGCAGAUUGAGAAGGGUUUGAUCUCAGCCUUAGCUGAAGUCCGCAGACGCUCACUGGAAUCCACAAACUUCACUGUACAUAUUUUAAACAUCACAUUGAGUCCCGUGGUCAUGACGUUACAACAGCAGAAGAUUCCUGUGGAGAUCACGUUUGCGGUGCGUGAUGUCCGUGGGUAUGUGCCAGGGUCAGAGGUCAGCGCCCAGCUUCGCUUCCUUAGUGUAGUUGAGUACAGCUACUACCUGGGCUACCCAGUACAGCAAAUCGCAGAGCCUUUCCACUACCCUGAGCUGAAUACAACUCAACUGCUUCGUUCCUCAUGGGUCAGGACAGUGUUGUUGGGAGUGUUAGACCAGCGUGUGAGGGACAGGGUCUUCCAGGCAACCAUUGAGCGUAGAUUGGCUCUGCUGCUGGGUGAUGCGCUGAGGACAGGCCGUCGCUUUAAGAGAGCGACUAAUGUUGGUAACAACAGUGUGCAGAUUGUACAGACCACACGUCUGGUGGGCCCUGACAACCCCUUGGAGAUUAUCUACUUUGUAGAAGGAGCAAAUGGACAGAGAUUUCCUGCCGCAACCACAGCGAACAUGCUCAACAGUCUGGACAUGCAACAUGCAGCUAUUGUCAUGGGUUUCCGAUUUCAGGGAAUAUUGGCACAGCCUAUGGAGAAACAGGCCUCACCUCCCUCAGACACUGAGAAGACCAACACAUGGAUAAUCGUGGGGGUGGUGGUCCCUGUGCUGGUGGUGAUCAUUAUCAUAACCAUCCUGUACUGGAAACUCUGCCGCACAGACAAACUGGAAUUCCAGCCAGACACCAUGAGCACUGUCCAACAGAGACAGAAGCUGCAGGCUCCCAGUGUAAAGGGUUUUGACUUUGCCAAGCUGCACAUGGGCCAGCACAGUAAGGAUGACCUCAUGGUCAUACAAGAGCCGUUACCACUUCCUGUGACCACUAAGGAGCAGAAACCAACCGAGAACGCAGAGGUGCUCACACCAAAGUCCAAAACCUCCUCCAAAACUUCCCGCAAUGGCCAGCGCCGCAGGGGCCAAAUUUCUCCAUCUGAGGGGGAUUCUGUAGGCAGUGAUCCGUCCAGUGAUAGAGGAACUCCUGAUGAGGGUAUGAGACCUGCUAGUCUGCCCAGCGAUCCCAAACAAUCACGAAAAGUUGUGGUUAAUGGAUUAAAUGGAAAGAAUAGAAUUGGUCCACCACCAAUGAAUGGUAUGGAUGAGCCCUUAUCUUCAGCCUCCAUCUUUGAGCAUGUGGACCGAAUGUCCCGCGCAACUGACGGUCCCAAGCGUCUACCAAACAAAAUCCAGCUCAUCGCCAUGCAGCCGAUGCCAGCCCUGCCCCUACCCAGCCCUACUGCCAAUGACAGGGCUGCAGAGAAUGCCAAGCUCAACAAAGAGAUCCAGGUGGCUUUGAGGCAUAAAUCCGAGAUUGAGCACCAUCGUAAUAAAAUUAGACUAAGGGCCAAAAGGAAGGGCCAUUAUGACUUCCCCGCCAUGGAUGAUCUCGUUGAUGGGCUUGGUGACACUAAAGAGCAGGACCGGAUCUAUCAGAAGGCUCAGAUGCAGAUUGACAAGAUACUAGAUCCAGAUAUUCACAUGCCAUCUCUCUACACAGAGCCAAAGAAAAGAGGGAAGCAUUCUCCUAAACAGAGGAAGAAACAGAUUAACGGAGAUCUGACAGAUGCUGACAGAGCCCGACUCAUAACGACAGACAGUGAUGGGACAUACAGGAAAUACCCAGGGGUCAAUAACAUAGCAUAUGUGUCGGAUCCAGACCAAGGCCCUGAUCAUCACAGCCCAUCACCGACGGAUGAUGUGUUCCAUGGCCCGAUUUCUCCUCCCCCAGGCCAUCCUCCUCCCCCACCCCCAUACCUCCCCCCUCAACCAUCUAUAGAAGAGGCCCGCCAGCAAAUGCACUCUCUACUGGAUGAUGCCUUUGCCCUUGUGUCCCCUACCUCUCAGGGCAGCACAGCUGGCAUUACCCUGCCCGGGGUUGGGCUCAACCCUGGAGCCCUGCCCCCCUCAAGCCCGCCAUCCCGCGACCCGCGGCCCUGGGGCCCAGGAUACCCGCCCCUGAAUCCCUACACAGGGAGAUACGCUGACUUGGGUCUGCCUCCUUCCACUGUACAAGGUUUACUGCAUAGACAGGGUUUAGGGUCCGGCUACAUCCCUUCAGGAGAAGCCCUUCCUGUUGAACAGCUGCUGUCAGAGUCACUCUACACUGGUCGAGGGUGUCACACAGAUGAGCUGCCCUCCUCUGCCAGGCCCCGACCUGUAGGUGGGACUACAGGUACUCAGCUGCACCAUUUAAACCACGUUGGUAUGACGGGUCGUGUAAGUGAGAGCAGGCAGCCUGGUGGGUUAAACUGGGGCCCGUAUCAUGAGGACGACAACAAGCUUGCUAACAACAGAGAACCUGUUCUUGGCUCUCUUGACUACACCUCCAUCUCUGUGUUCCAGACCUCCAGGAACGGCCUAAAGGAGCCAUCUGCCACUCCUCCCCACCUGGACUCUCUCGGCCUGGGCUAUCCUCCCUCCGCUCCCCCCGAGGAGCCUUCCCCUCCAACCCAUUCAUCCGCCUCACUCAUCAAAGCCAUCCGAGAGGAACUCAUGCGGCUCUCCCAGAAACAGGCAGCGGUACCCAGCUACCACAGCUGAGACCUGCCCCUGUGGCUCCACCCCGUGAAAACUGCACUACACUGCACUGUACUUCCCAUGGAAGUGGCUUUUUUGAGAUGACGACGACUGUAUGUCCUGUAACUGCUGUUGCUGCCGCCCUGUGGCACAAAAGCAUUAGGACAGGAAGAGUAGACAUUUAUCCUUUAUUCCCAUGUUCAUUUCCAGUUUUCUCCAUAGUGUUGUUCAUUAGCACAUGCAGUGUCCCAAGACUGAGGAAGAACCUUUUUUACCUUCUAUUCAGUGAGGUGUCAUUGCAGCCUAUACAGUUCAGUAGCAAUUAACUUCUCUGUGGUCUCUACAUUGACUGAUAUUGAAGCCAAAAUAUGGUCACCACUCGUUCUGUUAGAGGUGUGUGUGUGUUUUUAUUUUCACACCGUGUUGUUUUUUUGCUGUGUACAAUGCCUUUUUAUUUUAAGAAUUUUAUACCUUGCACUGGCUCUUGAUUCUCAUCCAUGAAAAUGAACUGCUUUUUGAUACCUUCAAAAACCUUUCUGAACUAAUUUCCAUAUUGUCCAAAAAAAAAAUGUAAUUUAAUUGUCAUCCCCUAUUUUCCUUUACAGAGGUAACAUUUUUGCCUUAACCCUGAGUCACUAGGAUAAGCCUACAGUAAUUAUUUUAUUUUCAGAGGUGUUUGAUUCAAUUUGGCAGGAAAUUUCAGGCAUCGUCAUUCUUCCUAGCUUGUUUGCAUACUGUUCGUAAACAAAGAAAAAUAGGUCCAAUAGCAGAAAUGCUACUUAAUUGCUCAAACGACAUACUUUCCAGAUAUACAUCUUGUAGGACUUUUUUACUAUCUGUGACUCUUUGUGUAGCUAGUCAGAUCCACUCUGAUAUGAUCAUAGGCAACCAUGGGUACCUCAAACCAUCAGAAUAAUUUGUCAGAAGAACAAUGCCGAAGAUCAACUGACGUAAAAAACAUGUUUCAACCACAGAUGUUGAUAGAGAACCCAGAAAUCCGUACUGUACCUUUAAUUAUCCUUAUCCUUUUUCUCCAGGAAAGAUAGAUACAGUAUACAGUUCCAUUUAUGUCUUUGCUGAACUAUGCAGUGGAGGACGCUGUCUUUACAUUAAAGGAGUGUUAUGGGUACUCGUCCCUCAGUUGUAAAGAUGAACAAAAAAAAUCUUGUUUACAAUAAUGCACUUACAAAAAAGAAGUCUACAGGGGAAGGCAUUGCACUGGAAUAAUUGUUCAAAAAGCACUAUUUUGAAAGUGAAGCCACAAGACUUAAACAUAUGUUUUAACAUGAGGUGUGUGUGAUUUGUUUACUAGUAAAAUAUAUUGCUAACCUCGCCUGUGCAAAUUUGGAAUUCAGUAUUUUGACUCAUUGUAAAGCUGGUUAACAAUGAGUUAAGUAGCCUACACUUUAGGCGCUACAAUGGAAGUGAAUGGGGCCAAUGUUUGGAGGAUUUAAACAAAGAAAUGUGAAGAUUACAAUUUUAUAAAAGCACUUUAAUUCUUCUAUUAAAAGUCAUGUAUUAUUUGAGCAAUAAAGUUGUCAAAAUCGUUGUUUACUGGGAUUACACGGUUUGCGGCCUUACAUCGUCAUGGCAACAAAUUUGGACAUAAUUUUAAAAUAUUCGUUUUAUUACUCUAAAUUCAUUUUAACACACAUAUUGUUUGUCUUGUGGCUAUAUUUUUGAAACAGUGAGUAUUUUAACGUUUACAGAUUGUCCCCAUUCACUUCCAUUGUAAGUGUCUCACUGGAACCUAGAUUUUUGCUUAUUUUUAAAGAAAAGGAGGAACGAGUUGAAAUUAAUUUUUGUGGAAAUCAAUAUUAUGCCACAAAUACUUUCAAUUGAGCUCCUUUAACUCUGUACAUUUGUUGGGCCAUUUCUUUGCCCAAAAUGUAAUCUUUCACAUUGUGUCCAGUGUGGAACUAAGAGUCAGUAAGUGGUGAAUGACACCCAUAGUGUACUCUCCUGAGUAUGUGUAGUAUCACUACUGUGUAAAUGAUAUUUGAAGACAAUACUACAUUUUAAAGAUAUGAAGAAAAAAUUGAAUUGUUUCAAGUUGAAGUAUUUUAAGGUCGGGGUUAGGCCAACAUCUUUCCUUUACUGUUCUGUGGCCAUGAAGUGCUCAUCAAUCCAUAGCAAUAAUGUUUUUGAAGUGUUUAAUGUGUUACAGGAUGCAGUGUUGCUCAUUAAACUGCUGUUGAUCAACUGGUAAUACAAUAUGUUCCUCUAUGACUCCGUGCUUGUAGAGCGUUUGGUGUGGUAGAAGUGCAUAAAACAUGGUCACUGUAAUUAUAGUAUUAGAUUACACUCAGUGAAAGUCUCCAGUUCAAAACACUGAUCCUUCAACUAUUUGUACCUUAUUUAAUGCUCAAAAUGUGUUCAUGCCUUGUGAUUAAAACUAUUUUUUAUGUUGAUGUUGAAAACAGGAGGAUUAUCUUGUUAUCUCUGCCCUUGUUUAUAUGUUGGAAUGAGUUUUCUGCUCGCUAUUUUGUUGGAAUUUCAUUGAUCUGUAGUUACAAUUCUACUGAUUCUUUAUUUAAGUGACAAUUAAAAAGUAUUACCAUA